CGGGACGGGGGCGGAUGCCUGGAGCGCAGCUCUGGGGCCGCCCGCUGCGGCUCACUCGCUCGUACUCGCUCGCACUCACUCGCGGGAGGCUUCCCCGCGCCGGCGGCGUCCCGCCUGCUCCCCGGCACCAGAAGUUCCUCUGCGCGUCUAACGGAGACAUGGGCGUCCCCACGGCCCCGGAGGCCGGCUGCUGGCGCUGGGGAUCCCUGCUCUUCGCCCUCUUCCUGGCUGCGUCCCUAGGUCCGGUGGCAGCCUUCAAGGUCGCCACGCUGUAUUCCCUGUACGUCUGUCCCGAGGGGCAGAACGUCACCCUCACCUGCAGGCUCUUCGGCCCUGUGGACAAAGGGCAUGAUGUGACCUUCUACAAGACGUGGUACCGCAGCUCGAGGGGAGAGGUGCAGACCUGCUCAGAGCGCCGGCCCAUCCGCAACCUCACGUUCCAGGACCUUCACCUGCACCAUGGAGGCCACCAGGCUGCCAACACCAGCCACGACCUGGCCCAGCGCCAUGGGCUGGAGUCGGCCUCCGACCACCAUGGCAACUUCUCCAUCACCAUGCGCAACCUGACCCUGCUGGACAGCGGCCUCUACUGCUGCCUUGUGGUGGAGAUCAGGCACCACCACUCGGAGCACAGGGUCCACGGUGCCAUGGAGCUGCAGGUGCAGACAGGCAAAGAUGCACCAUCCAACUGCGUGGCAUACCCAUCCUCCUCCCAGGAGAGUGAAAACAUCACGGCUGCAGCCCUGGCUACGGGUGGCUGCAUCGUAGGAAUCCUCUGCCUCCCCCUCAUCCUGCUCCUGGUCUACAAGCAAAGGCAGGCGGCCUCCAACCGCCGUGCCCAGGAGCUGGUGCGGAUGGACAGCAACACUCAAGGGAUUGAAAACCCUGGCUUUGAGGCCUCAUCACCUGCCCAGGGGAUACUGGAGGCCAAAGUCAGGCACCCCCUGUCCUAUGUGGCCCAGCGGCAGCCUUCUGAGUCUGGGCGGCAUCUGCUUUCGGAGCCCGGCACCCCCCUGUCUCCUCCAGGCCCCGGAGAUGUCUUCUUCCCAUCCCUGGACCCUGUUCCUGACUCUCCAAACUUUGAGGUCAUCUAGACCAGCUGGGGGACAGUGGGCCGUUGUGGCUGAGUUUGGGGCAGGUGCAUUGAGCCAGGGCUGGCUCUGUGAGUGGCCUCCUUGGCCUCGGCCCUGGUUCCCUCCCACCUGCUCUGGGUUCAGAUGCUGCGACAUCUCAGAAGCCCAGACCCUCAACCCCUCUGGAUGCUACAUGGGGACGCUGGAUGGCUAAGCCCCUGUUCCAAGGAUUUUGGGGUGCUGAGAUUCUCCCCUAGAGACCUGAAAUUCACCAGCCACAGAUGUCAAAUGACUUAAUCUUAAGAAGUCUCAGAAUGUCCAGCCCGUCAGCAGUUCUAAUUCUGAGACAUGAGCCUUGGGAUGUGGCAGCAUCAAUGGGACAAGAUGGACACUGGGCCACCCUCCCAGGCAUGAGACCCAGGGCACUGUGGAGAGACUUGUCCCCCAUGGCCGCCUGGGCUCCCCCAUCUUGCCUGAGGCUGCUCUUCUGUCAGACUUUCUCUUUGUACCACAGUGGCUCUGGGGCCAGGCCUGCCUGCCCACUGGCCAUCGCCACCUUCCCCAUCUGCCUCCUACCAGCAGUUUCUCUGACGAUCUGUCAACAGGUUAAGUCAAUCUGGGGCUUCCAGUGCCUGCAUUCCAGUCCCCAGAGCUUGGUGGUCCCAAAACGGGAAGUACGUAUUGGGGCAUGGUGGCCACUGUGAGCAAAUGGUGUCUUGGGCAAUCUGAGGCCAGGCCAAAUGUUGCACCACCCACUGGAGAUGGUGGUGAGGGAGGUGGGUGGGGCCUUCUGGGAAGGUGAGUGGGGCCCCCUACCCUCCCCAUCCUCUACUCUUGCUGCUCAGCCCGGGCCAUUGCAAGGGUGCCACACAAUGUCUUGUCCACUCUGGGCCACUUCUGAGUGUGAAGCGGGAUGCUAUUAAAAACUACGUGGGGAAACAGGUGCAAACCCUG